UUUAGUUCAACUAACAACCUAAUCAACUCAAAAUGAAUCCGAUUCUUUACCUUGGGUGCCUGGUGGUCCUCAUCGGAUGCUCUGUGUGGACUGCCCAUGCCGAAGGAGACUUUGAAUCUGAAAAGGCGCGUGUGAUUCAAAUCUACGGAAAUCCGGGUGUGGAUAAGGCCACCAAGAUAAGGAAUGCCGAGUUUCUGGCUCACUUUCUUGACAAGUACUCCGGUAAUAUCCAGAUGACACCCGAACUGCGUACACGUGUUACCGAUGCAGUGGGCAAAUAUAAGGAGGAAAAAGCCAAUCAACCUUUGGUGGACGGUGCACCACCUCAAGGUGGUUUCCUUUCAUCAAUUCUAAUAGGGAUUCUUGUAGAUAUUGGCAUCGAAGCUGCCGCUGAAGGAAUCAGCAAAGCAAUCUCCUAAUUGCUUUUCAGAAGCAUAAUACUUUUGUUAAUGAUAAUAUUACAAUUAUUCUUAUCCUUCAAAUUUUUGAGAAUAAUU